AUGUCAGACACAACCCUCAAGGCGUCUGAAGCCUCCGUACCUCGGGCUGUCGUUACGGAUCAAGCUGCUUCUGGUCCUGUUGUUGAAGGCCCCACCGAUUCCUCUUUUGGUGAGCACAAUCUUAGCUUCACCACCACAGACCUCAGCCUGGUGGAGAUGACAGAAAUAGAAUACACACAGCUUCAGCAUAUACUCUAUUCCCAUAUGGAGGCCCAAACAAAUGAAAACGAAGUGGAAAGUAGGUUAAACUUGAAUUGCUUCUCCACCAACAAUGCUGCAAAUCAGUCCCAUUACCUGUCGUCAUCUAGCAGUCAAGGUGGCUUCUCAUCAAACAGCUCUGGAAACCAGUCUCUCUACCCCAUUAUCUGCCAGUCUGGCUUGACUUCUGACAGCAGUUUCACAGGGCCUAAUCAAUGUCUAGGGCAUAUUGACUUUCAAGAGCUAAGGAUGAUGUUGCUUAGUGAAUCUAGCCUACCACCAGGCCAAGCAGAAAAAGCACCUAAUGGGAACUCCAUAGACAUCAACGGGCAAAAUUUAGUAAAAUUAAAAUAUAGUGAAACCUCUGGCAGCAUAAAUAAAGAAAAUGUAGUUGGAGAAACUUUAGCAGCAGUUCCUGAAUCCAGAACCAAAUCUGCAGUCCGUGUUCGGUUAGAAGACAGAUUCAACAGUCUCCAGACUGAAAUUCCCAGAUGCCAAGAAACUCAAGAAACUGGAGUAGCCCUUAACAAUUUAGUAACCCUCAUUCGCCAUCCUUCAGAAGCGAUGGGUGUUCCUCUCCACCAGCAGCAGAACAAAUGUACUGCUUUAGUGAAAAAUAGGACCGCAGCUACUGCCACCACCGCAUUGCAAUUCACAUGCCCGGUCUUUACGCCAAACACUGCUUCUCCUGUAACUGGAAACACCAAUGCUGCACAAGCGCAGAGCUCUGGAGCCAGUGUUGUAGAAACAGUCAAACAUCAAGACCUUGCAUUGCCUCGAGCUUUUUCUGUAUGUUACCAGCAAGAAAUUGAAACUAGCAAGCAAACCGUUGGUGCCCGAAAUAAAGCUGUACCUGAGCAUGUUUGGAUUAAAUUGGGAGGCGAGGCUUUAUGUAAGCAGUCGAUAAACAGAAGAAGUCGUAGUCGUAUCCAUCCCUUGGAUGCCAACAUACAGCGCAGGCCUCUCGGUGACAUUCAGAAUGUGUGUGAGAAUCAAAAUGCGGCUCCAGCUCAGAGUUCAUGGCAAUCGGUCCAGCCAACCCAAAAUACUCACAAUGGAAGCCAAGGCAGCGUCUCCCAACGCCGGGAGAGGCACAACCGGAUGGAAAGAGACAGAAGGCGCAGAAUCAGGAUUUGCUGUGAUGAACUGAAUCUUCUAGUUCCGUUCUGCACUUCAGACACUGACAAGGCAACAACCUUGCAAUGGACAACAGCAUUUCUAAAAUAUAUUCAAGAGCGACAUGGAGAUUCUCUGAAAAAGGAAUUCGAAACUGUAUUCUGUGGUAAAACAGGCAGAAGGCUAAAAUUAACAAGAUCAGAUCCCAUAGCAACCUGUGCAGCCCAGGAGAUCACACAAAAUAGUACAUCUACGGACAUGAAAUAA